UGCCGUGGCGAUCUCCACUUGCUUGCUGGAGGAGCCCCGAGCCGGUGACCCACCCUGUUUCACAGCUUCUUGGGCAUCUUGGAUUUCGGGGAGACCCCCUCCCCCAUCUCUCCCUGCUUUCUGCACCCCGAUUUUUUCUGCGUCUGGCUCGCGCUUUGCAGCCGUCUGUUUUUGCAUCGCUUUUUUGGUUUGCUUUCAAGGAGGAGUCUGGGGACUGAAGCUACAUUGCCACCCUUCCCUUAUUAGCUUUUCCUGCCCUGACAGACCCCUCUUUCCAUCGCAGUCGGUGGGGGGGCCUACGAUCGCAGCAUCUCCCGCCGCGCUGCUAGCACUCCGCUGGGAGCGCAGCCCUGCACCCCGGGAUUUGCAGCAGCUGCACAUCUUGAGGGGGGUCUUCCUCGCUCCAGGAGCCUCUGCUCCCCUCCCGCUCCAGCGAGUGGAGGGCUCCAGCGCGCGGCGCCCCCGCUUCUCCGCAGCCCCCCACCUCGCACCGGGACUCGCCCCGCGCCGCCAAGAUGGUCAUCCAGAAAGAGAAGAAGAGCUGCGGGCAGGUGGUUGAGGAGUGGAAGGAGUUCGUGUGGAACCCGAGGACGCACCAGUUCAUGGGCCGCACUGGGACCAGCUGGGCCUUUAUCCUCCUCUUCUACCUCGUCUUCUAUGGCUUCCUCACAGCCAUGUUCACACUCACCAUGUGGGUGAUGCUGCAAACCGUGUCUGACCAUACCCCCAAGUACCAGGACCGACUGGCCACACCCGGCUUGAUGAUUCGCCCCAAGACUGAGAAUCUUGAUGUGAUUGUCAAUGUCAGUGACACUGAAAGUUGGGACCAGCAUGUUCAGAAGCUCAACAAGUUCCUGGAACCUUACAACGACUCCAUUCAAGCCCAGAAGAAUGAUGUAUGUCGCCCUGGGCGCUAUUACGAACAGCCUGAUAAUGGAGUCCUCAACUAUCCCAAACGGGCCUGCCAAUUCAAUCGGACCCAGCUGGGCAACUGCUCUGGCAUCGGGGACCCCACUCACUAUGGUUACAGCACCGGGCAGCCCUGUGUCUUCAUCAAGAUGAACCGGGUUAUCAACUUCUAUGCGGGAGCAAACCAGAGCAUGAACGUGACCUGUGCUGGGAAGCGAGAUGAAGAUGCUGAGAAUCUUGGCAACUUUGUCAUGUUCCCUGCCAACGGCAAUAUCGACCUCAUGUAUUUCCCCUACUAUGGCAAGAAAUUCCAUGUGAACUACACGCAGCCCCUGGUGGCCGUGAAGUUCCUGAAUGUGACCCCCAAUGUGGAGGUGAACGUGGAGUGCCGCAUCAACGCUGCCAACAUCGCCACGGACGAUGAGCGGGACAAGUUUGCUGGCCGAGUGGCCUUCAAGCUCCGCAUCAACAAGACCUGAGGCGCCUUCCUCUCACCAUCCCUGCCCCCCACCCUCCCCCUUCCCCACCCCCCCUGCCUGCCCCUCUCCGACCUCUC